GCUACACCUUCUGUCUGUCGGCCUAGAUGUGAGGAGAUCGUCCGCCCUUCCUUCCAGAGGAAACUCGCACUGACGUAAAGAAACCAGAGCAGGCAGAGCUCAGUGUUAAUUAGGCGCUUUAAUGCCACUGUUUUACUGAAAUUACGUCCUCCCGCAUUCCUGUCACUACAUUAUCCGCGUUUGGUGACUGCAGGGCGGACAGGAAAAACCACAGCUACCGACAGAGGUACUGACGAGAGGUAAAACCAGCGGUGUGUAACCUGGGUUUUGAAUUGCCCUGUUUUCAUUUGGAGGCUAUAUUUAGCUCGGCAUGGCUGAUCUGCUGAGGCUGCUGCUCCGGGUGGCUGAGAAGGCAGCUAAUGUGGCUCGGGUCUGCAGGCAGGAGGCUCCCCUCUUCCAGCUCCUUGUUCAAGAGAAGACUGGAGAUGACAAGAACAAGAAGUUUGUCCAGGACUUCAAGACGCUUGCUGACGUGGUGAUCCAGGAGAUGAUCAGGCAUGAUGUUGGUGCAAAGUUCCCUGAGAUGGCUGGCUUCAUUAAUGGAGAGGAGUCCAACAAGUUUGAAAAUGGGCUUGGAGAGAGUGUGAUAGUCACAGUGUGCGGUACGGAGGAGGAAACCGCGGCGCUGCUGGCCACGGUGCUGGACGGUGACCACACAGCAGCGUCUCUGCUGGCUCGAGCCAUCCACCAGGAUCCAGUGACCAUCGAUGCCAGCACAGACGGUCUGACGGUGCCACUCAGCCCCUCUGAGCUCGGCAUCUGGAUCGACCCUAUAGAUGCUACCAGCCAGUACAUAGAGGGCAAAGAGGAGGUGCUGGAGGAGGGCCACCUCUCUCCUUCAGGUCUGCACUGUGCUUUGGUCCUCAUCGGGGUUUAUCUACGGAGCACAGGUGAGCCCGUCAUGGGCGUCAUCAACCAGCCGUUCAACUAUAAAGAUCCAGCAGGUGGAGGCUGGAGGGGGAAGCAUUUCUGGGGGGUGUCCUGCGGCAGCAUCAAUGUCUGCUCUGUGUCUCGGCCUAAAGAAGGACCAGGAGGGGGGCUGUCUGUGGUACUGAGCUCCAGUGAGAAGCAGGUGGUAAAGGAAGCCCUGAGCUCGCUGUGCGGCCCUGACAAGCUGAUGUACGCCUCUGGAGCCGGCUACAAGAUCCUGUGUGUCAUUCAGGGCCUAGCUGAUGCUUACGUCCUCUCAGAGGGAAGCACCUUCAAGUGGGACUCCUGCGCUCCUCACGCCCUGCUCCGAGCCCUCGGAGGCGGGGUGGUGGACCUUAAAAAGUGUCUACAGAACAGCUCUGCACCACAGGAUCACCAGGCAGAACUGACCUACCACCAGUCUUACACUGAGUGUAAAGGAGCUGACCGCUGGGCCAACCACGGCGGCUUGGUGGCUUAUCGAGACUGUUCUCAGCUCUGCAGCAUCAUGGGAACUCUGAAAGGCAAGCUGUAGUUGAAAGUGCAGUGAAUGUCAAUCAGCACUACCUGAUGCAGUUAUUGUUGCUAUAUGAUCAUAUUCAUGUUUUCUAUAUUAGUAGAGAGAGAGGGUUGGGGGUACAGAGUGAAAUAUGAAGUAAUAUUUUAAAUAUAAAUGAUACUGUCUUUUUUUUAACCAGAUAUAUUUGCAAGUGUAUAUAUUACAAGAUGAGCAUCUGGUCUGGGCCAAAUAAUGUUUUUACAUAGUGUCUUGUCUUUGGUUUUAAUUACAUAGGUCUUACAAACUUCACAAGGCUGUUAGGAUUCAAGUUAGAGAGAUUUGUUCAGAAGUCGAAAUAACAUUUUGAGUACAAAAAAAACAGGUGAUGCUUAUCAAUCAGAUGCAAAAUAUAAAGAAGCCUGUCUUGCUCUCAGGUUUAUUGUUAAAGGUCCAGUGUGAAGGAUUUAUGGGGACAUAUUGGCAGAAAUGGAAUUUGUUUUGAAAUUGUUUUUCUCGUGUGUAUAAUCACCUGAAAAAAACAAUCAUGUUUUAGUUACCUUGAAAUAAGCCAUUUAUAUCUACAUAGGGAGCAGGUCCAUCAUCCAAUAGGGUGAUUUGAGAGGCGGGCCUUUUGUGGUGGUCACGAUAACAAGUUUACAAUUGGUAAACAAUGGAGGAGAAACUGGUGGUAGCAGUUGCGAAAAACCCAGAGCUAUAUGGCUCGAUGAUAGACAGCAGGUUGUCAAACUGCCGCUGAGUCAUCCUAACAU